CCCCCGAUGUGAGUGCUCACUCACCAUCUCACCGUGGAUGAACUCAGCACCAGACGGAGUGAGCAGUCUGCUGAACUGAAAGGAUCUGUCAAAAACGCGAACCAGCAAGGAAAAUAAAUUGAACACCAAAUUUGUCCCCCUGAUUAUGAAUCAGGUGAGCCCCACCGUAAGAAUCGGCGAUAGUAGAAAUUGUGGACAGCAGCCAUAUUACCAGUGGCCGCGUGGGUUCGAUUCGUCGGUAAGCCUUCUCCGAUAGGUGCAGCAGUAACAGCGCAGGACGGGACAAAGUGCAACAUAUAUCGUCGCCUGGGGGAAAGUUAUGAAAUUUUGUGGAAAUCUAUUGCGUGAUAUGCAAAUUUUUGCAAAGUGACAACCAACUUAGGCGGUGAGUGUCGUUCAAGCAAGAGCACGUUAAAAAUAAAUUCGAAUACGACAAUAUUGUGUGGAGAACAAAAGGUGACGAACAAAAAAUCGUUUCAAAAGGGGUCAACUCAAGGCUGAUAAGGGUAGGAAGUAGUAAUCACUCAAAAACUGCUAUGCGUGCGACAGCUGUUUGACAAAGCUUGCCCUGCACUGUUUUUGGACGUUUCCGAGGCUGAUGCGAUGAGCGAGAACCGUUUCACCAACUACCUCCAGGGCACUCAACAGGGAACAAUUCAACAGUUGCGUCAAUUCCAGCACCAGUGCCGAAUAUGUGGUGCGACGGAGGGACUCCGUCGGUGCAGUCGUUGUCAGGUGGCCUACUAUUGUUCCCAGGAACACCAACGGCUGGACUGGAAACUGCACAAACUUGAGUGUCGUUCGAUUCGGAUGCUUCCCAACAAUGAAGGGCAACUGCAGGCACAGUACGGUGAAAAUUUUGUUCAAGGUUUGCCUCCGAAUAGUUCUGAAAAGACGGCGAGCGCAACCUUCCAGCCACAGCAGCAAACGUCGCUCGGUGGAAUGGUUUUUGGCAGUACAUCUACUGCAAGUGGCCUACGUGAUGAAAAUUUGUCAACAAACGUGCUACCCAGCACCAACACCAGCAUGAUGGCGAUGGAUGACAUCACUGACACGCCCGUGUCGAUAUCGUUACCAACACAGGCGCAACCGACGUCGUCGCCGUCGUUGCCGUCUUCGAUCGUGGACGUCGGGGACGAAAUGCUGCUGACUGAGAGUGCAGUAUCGAAACUGUUCGCAAGCGAGUCACUUGUAGCAGCCGUGGAAGAACUAUUGAAUCUAGAGCAGAUCGAUGUCGAUCACAUUUUGAAUGAGAACAAUUUCCUCAACAAUAUCAACAAUCUAAACUAUCUGGACGAGAGCCUCAGUGUGGCGGAAAGUGUGGGAGGUGACAAUCUCGGCUACGGUCAGAGCAGUGAAGCAAGCUUAGUCAGCCCCGGUAGUACCGGUAGUAAAGACAGUGGUAGUGGUUUUACGGUCGAAAUCGACGACCCGGUUCAGCAGCAGGCUUGUCAGAUUGGGGUUCUGCUAGAUCAGGACGACGAGAUGCAGUUGACGCAACCGACAGUGGCUGCAUCGUUGCAGCAGCAGCGACAGGCCCAGUUGGGACUUGGUGGGGGCAGCAGUGGGAGUGGUUCACCGGUGAUGUUGGGAAGCAACAGCAGCAACAGUGCCAGUACGGACGAAAGUGUUAGUGCCUUGCUGAAUGCAAAGAUUGAUAAUCUGCUGGGGAUGCACCAGUCGGCCGGUGCCAGCCAGGAUGAUGUCCUGUUGGCUGAGUUAGAGCAGGAAAGCUUGGACGAGGCGUGUCGGAGUUUGAUACGGGAUAUGAACGAGUACGGUGUCUGUGUGCUGGAUAACUUUCUCGGUCCGGAGCGUGGAAUGAAGGUUCUGCAGGAGGUCACCGGCAUGUACUCGACCGGGGUGUUUCGGGACGGUCAAUUAGUGUCCAAUCGUGUCGGUAUGAAUAUGCGACACAUCCGUGGGGACAAGAUUACGUGGAUCGGCGGAAAGGAGCAGGGCUGUAGCAACAUCGGCUACCUGAUUAACCGGGUAGACGCCGUCAUUACCAACUGUCGGCGGAUGAAGAACAAUGGCAAACUGGGUCGGCAUAAUAUCAGGGAGCGCACGAAGGCAAUGGUUGCAUGUUAUCCCGGAUCGGGCUCGCACUACGUGAAACACGUGGACAACCCAAACCGGGACGGUCGCUGCAUCACCGCCAUCUACUAUCUCAAUCUCAACUGGGACGUCCAGCAGAGUGGCGGCCUCCUGCGAAUCUUCCCGGAGGGAUGUCACGAUCGGGUGGCCGACAUUGAGCCUAUAUUCGAUAGGAUUCUGUUUUUCUGGUCCGACCGGAGAAACCCGCACGAGGUGCAGCCUGCCCAUCGAACCCGCUACGCCAUCACCCUGUGGUAUCUGGAUGCGGAGGAACGUGAGUCUGCCCGGCUGCGCUACCAGCGUGAUUACGACAGUCGGUUUAGUGCGUGAUCCAAGGGGUGGGAAGCCUGAUUAUUUUUGUGGCUGUUUGUUAGUUUUCGUCGAUUUUUGAUAGCAAUUAGUUGGUUUGAUUAUGUUUGACUACGCCCCGUGUGGGGAGAGUCUUUGAAAUUGGCAACGGUAAUUUUUUUUACGUAGAGUAAGUUAGAAAAUAAACUACAGGACGAAUGUUUGAAGGCUAACGUUGCUUUUUCCCCAUAAGAAACGAAUUUUCGUUCGAAUGCAUUAGGGGAUUGAAUAGACUGUUAGUCGAAUUGGAUGGAGAUGUUUUUGCGAGUCGAAUGAUUUAUUUAAGAUACCAAAAAUGUGAUACUCUACUAAUGAUUAUGAUGCAAAUCAAAUUGUUAUUGAAUCGUGUAUAUUUUUUCAACGUAUUCUUUGUUUUAUAUGUAAUAAAAUAGCGAUAGUCGUAACUUGAGAUAGUCAAAUGUUAAUUUUUAAUAAAAACUGUUUCAAACAGUGCGCCACAAUCAACAGACCUGUUCCAUCGUUGUUCGCCUUUUGGAUUGUGACAUAACCGCAAACAGUAAUACGGUUACAAAAAGUUCUACCGAGUAUCACGUAUCAAUGAGACAUCUGAUUUACAAUAUUUGGCUGGUGUUGUACCAAAACUCCGAAGCGUGCCAUCAUACAACAAAAUGUGCGUUCAAUGAGCACUUUUAAACAUAUUUUGAACAGGAACAGGUUUGUUGUAAAAAUAUAGUCAAAAUAUAUCUUAACGGAACAAAUUAUCUUCACAGGCGUAGGUUAGUUGUCCCUCUGUUUUUUACUAUGAGAAAAGUGAUUUGGCUCACCAGACAGAAGCAGAGAAGGAAAUAGAGUAGAUAGUAAUUAUAAUAAAAAUUUUAUUUUAACUUUUCGCGGUUUGGGUCUACCACUAAUAGGCAAGAUUGAAAAUUUUGAAUAUGCUUUUCUAAACUAUCAAAAAUGUACCGAAACGGAGAAUUUCUUUUUCUAAACAAUUCAAAAGCUAUGAAUGCGGGUACACGUGAGAUAGAUUUGCUAGAAUUUAAAACCUGUAAUAAAUAUUAAAAAUAGCUAGUUCUAUGUUUUCAAUUCAAAUGUA